AUGGUGCCCAAAUCGGUGGACAUCGGUGGACGUGUGAGCAUCGGUGGACGUGUGAGCAUCGGUGGACGUGUGAGCAUCGGUGGACGUGUGAGCAUCGGUGGACGUGUGAGCAUCGGUGAGGGAGUCACAGACCACUAUCACCACGACCCCUCAGCCAACACAGACCACUAUCACCACGACCCCUCAGCCAACACAGACCACUAUCACCACGACCCCUCAGCCAACACAGACCACUAUCACCACGACCCCUCAGCCAACACAGACCACUAUCGCCAUGACCCCUCAGCCAACACAGACCACUAUCACCACGACCCCUCAGCCAACACAGACCACUAUCACCACGACCCCUCAGCCAACACAGACCACUAUCACCACGACCCCUCAGCCAACACAGACCACUAUCACCACGACCCCUCAGCCAACACAGACCACUAUCACUACGACCCCUCAGCCAAGACAGACCACUAUCACCUCGACCCCUCAGCCAACACAGACCACUAUCACCUCGACCCCUCAGCCAACACAGAUCACUAUCACCACGACCCCUCAGCCAACACAGACCACUAUCGGCACGACCCCUCAGCCAACACAGACCACUAUCACCACAGCCCCUCAACCAACACAGACCACUAUCACCACGACCCCUCAGCCAAGACAGACCACUAUCACCACGACCCCUCAGCCAACACAGACCACUAUCGGCACGACCCCUCAGCCAACACAGACCACUAUCGCCACGACCCCUCAGCCAACACAGACCACUAUCACCACGACCCCUCAGCCAACACAGACCACUAUCGGCACGACCCCUCAGCCAACACAGACCACUAUCGCCACGACCCCUCAGCCAACACAGACCACUAUCACCACGACCCCUCAGCCAACACAGACCACUAUCACCACAGCCCCUCAGCCAACACAACUAAUUUCCAUAACCGUUCACACACCACAGAGAUCUUUGUGACUGAUUAG